UUGGCCGGAGGCAUCAUCCUGGGAGUGGCCCUGUGGCUCCGGCAUGACUCGCAGACGACGAAUAUCCUCUACCUGCAGCUGGGGGACAAGCAGGCGCCCAACACCUUCUACGUCGGAAUCUACAUCCUGAUUGCGGUUGGAGCUGUCAUGAUGUUCGUGGGGUUCCUGGGAUGCUACGGUGCUAUUCAGGAGUCUCAGUGCCUUCUGGGAACGUUCUUCACUUGCCUGGUGAUCCUGUUUGCCUGCGAGGUUGCGGCUGGAAUUUGGGGAUUUGUCAACAAAGACCAGAUAGCCAAAGACGUGAAGCAGUUCUACGACCAAGCAUUUCAACAAGCGCUUAUGGCAGAAUCGGACGCGAACAACGCCAAGGCUGUAGUGAAGACCUUUCAUGAAACGCUGGACUGCUGUGGCCCCGAUAGCGCAAUAGGAGAUAUGACUCUCCUGUGGAAAGAAAACCUCUGCCCAAGGAAGGACAGCUUGCUGAAAAGCUUUAUUGAGAGGGAUGAAAACACCAGCUGCCAUCAGAAAAUCGAUGAGCUCUUCUCCGGGAAGCUGUAUCUGAUCGGUAUCGCUGCCAUCGUGGUCGCCGUGAUCAUGAUCUUCGAAAUGAUCCUGAGCAUGGUGCUGUGCUGUGGCAUAAGGAACAGCUCCGUCUACUGAGCCGUGAGAGCCGGGGAGGGGAAGGGGGGAGCAGGGCGGACGGCGCUAGACGGGGCCCCAAGUGCCACCAAGUGACCAGGAGACAUUUCAACAAAAGAGAAAGAAAACUAUGUAUAUAAAUACUUCCAA